CAAACCAUCAAAUACAAUAUAUUCAUCUUCUCUCUCCAGAUUCCUUCUGGAAAAACAGAGAGAACCAGAGCAAUGGCUGGCACGUGCGCCACCACCGCCGAUGGAACCACCCCCUCUCUGGAGACAUCGGGAGGCGGAGAGAUCAUGCUGUUUGGAGUGAGAGUUUUGGUUGAUUCCAUGAGGAAGAGCGUCAGUAUGAACAAUCUCUCUCAGUACGAGCAGCCUCAAGAGCUCUUGAAGAAUAAUGGCAGUAAUAAUAACAGCAACAGCAGCGACGUUACCAAAGAGGAUGCGACUCCUGGUUACGCCUCUGCUGAUGAUGCUGUUCCCAACUCUUCCGGUGGAAAUCGCGAACGCAAGCGAGGGAUUCCAUGGACGGAGGAAGAACACAAGCUCUUCCUGCUAGGAUUGCAGAAAGUGGGGAAAGGCGAUUGGCGAGGAAUCUCAAGAAAUUUCGUCAAAACUCGAACUCCAACGCAAGUGGCGAGCCAUGCUCAGAAAUACUUUCUCCGGCGAAGCAAUCUUAAUCGCCGACGCCGCAGAUCUAGCCUCUUCGAUAUCACUACCGAGACGGUUGCUGCAACUCCUAUGGAGGAAGAACAAAGCCAUUACCAGAACAGCUCAUCUCAAACCCAUUCAGUGCCAUCUCCUGCCCAACCAGAAACCAAUAAUGUUGGUGGGUUUCACUUGAUGCCAGCUUUUCCUAUGACCAUCAAUGCUGCAGCAUUGCCAAUCCCAAUUGAGAAUCCAAUGGAAAAUCUAACGCUAGGACAAGUCAAUCGAGCUGCAAAUAACCGAUCAACAAAGCUCAUUCGUCCGAUACCAGUGGCUCCUCGGGCGUCAAUGAUAUCUGAUCUUAGCUUGAAUUUGAAAUUGAGUGCAGGGGAGGUGGAUCCAUUGCCAUUGUCACUCAACCUGUCUUUGCUAUCCAACGAGAGGGAAUCAUUGACAACAACAAGGCAUUCAGCAUUUCAGGUGAUGUCAAGUUUUAACCGUGGAGACAGCAAUAGCAUCAUCAGUGUUUCCUGAAAGGUAAACCAUGGGAUUAACCAGAUCGUGAUAUGAUACAAUCCUUUGUUUGUUGUACAGACCAGAAAAACAAAAAAAAAUUCGGCUUGUUGCUGCCGCUGAUGGUGAUGUUGUUGUUGUUUUAUGCUCAUAUUUUGUUAGGCGGUGGUUCAUUUGUCUUUAACUGUUAAUGUUUGUAGCUGAUAAUGUAACUGAAAAUAACAUGUUACUUUUUGUUGAAUGUUAGGGCAUCUAGUGGUUUUGAUAGGUUUAUGAGAGGAAAAUAUCAAGGUGA